GGCACAUCUCCUACGGAUGCCUGGUCUACGCCACUAGCUUAGUCUCGUGAAGCCCGCCAUAUCCUUAAACAUGUCGGUCUGGCCCAGUCAAUCGCAUUUCGCUUCGCUUUCUUCUAGGCUACUACCUGUUCAUCAAUUUAUUUCGCUCACUGAUCAGGCACCAUGUUACACGGACUCGACGAUGGAUCGAACCUCCCCAUCCCGAACCGCGAGCGGAACAAUGGGGGCUCGCUGAUUGUAUGGAGUGGUCAUCCUCAGGGAGCCGCGUUGCCUCCGUGGAGCAAACCAUCAUCCGAGGAUCAUGUUGACCUCUUGCGCAAACUCGAGUCCUGUCAAGCUAGCCAGCCGAGUCAACCAUCUCCGGGUCAAUCAUACCCGGGUCAAACAUCACCGGGUCCAUCAUACGCGGGUCAGUCCGGGCCACCACCCUCGGACCUCGGCGGCGAGAGGAGGACCUCCCGCUCCCGCCCCAAACUCCCCAUCAUCAUUCUAUCAUUCGUCCUCUUCCUCGUCAUCGCCGCCUUGAUAGUAGUCGGCACCCUUCUGGGCACCAGAAUAUCCAAACUCGAAAACACCAUCCCCCCCCUGGCCGUCGCCACUGCAACCAACUCCGCAGCCGGCAAUGACAACAACAACAACGACAACAACAGCAACCUCCCCUCCUCCUCCGCCACAGACAACCCCAACCCCUCCAGCACCUCCACCAGCAUCCCCAACGCCAGCUACAUCCCACCGCCACCAGCGCCCGCCAACAUCCAGGUCACGGGGUGGACGCACCUGGGGUGCUACUACGACUCGGAGGUGCGGGUGCUGCCCGAGGCGUUCGUGUCGUCGGUGAACAUGACCAACGAGGCGUGCGCGGAGCACUGCACGUCGGACGGGCGGCGCACGCGCAACUUUGGCACCCAGGUCGCCGUGCAGUGCUACUGCGGGACCGCGACGGCGGCGGUGCUGGCGAGCCGGCGCGCGCCCGACUGGAUGUGCUCGCGCCAGUGCGGCGGCCGGUGGGGCAUCGCGGAGAAUUGUGGUGGGAAUUGGGUGCUGAGUCUGUGGGAGCGGGAUGGGGAUGAGGAGUGAUUUGAUGGGGAGGGACUUGGAAUUUUGGAAGGGAGGGGAUGGGGAUUGGGCUUGGGUUUGGCCCUUGGGGUGGUUAUUAGUAAUGAGUGCAUUGCGAUGGCGUUGACGGUCAUUAUCACGGGAAUAGGGGGUUUGGAACGGGAUAUGCAUACAAUACCUGCAGGGAGUUACCUUUCAUACUGUAUAAAUUCAACAAAAAACAAUCAAUACCAUCAUGGAUUCGAGCUUCAGAU